UCCGCCGGAGAAACGACUUUCAAGCUAAUUCAGGCAGGCAUGGCGAUUUUUACCGAAUCCUUCACGAUUCCGGUGAUGCUCACAAUGUGUUCGACGAUUUUCCUCUGUGGAAGCUCCGCCGUGUUCGAUUAUCCGGCGGCGUUCAACUUCGGCGAUUCGAACUCCGACACCGGCGAGCUCGUCGCCGGCAAGGGAUUCAGCCUCGCCUUGCCUUAUGGACAAACUUACUUCAAGACUCCCUCGUCUGGAAGGUUCUGCGAUGGCCGCCUCAUCGUUGAUUUUCUCAUGGAUGCAAUGGGGAAGCCAUAUUUGAAGUCGUAUUUGGACUCGGUGGGGAAUCCGAGUUUUCGGAAGGGGUGCAAUUACGCGGCCGGUGGCUCCACCGUUCUUCCGGCCACGGCUGCAUCCGUUAGCCCAUUUUCGUUUGGGGUUCAAGUCAACCAGUUCCUCCAUUUCAAAUCUAGGGUUCUUCAGCUUCGAGCCAAAGGUAAUAGGAAGAUUGACAAGUUUUUACCGGUGGAAAAGUACUUCAUGAAGGGGGUUUACAUGUUUGAUAUUGGGCAGAAUGAUCUUGCUGGUGCAUUUUACUCCAAAACUCUGGAUCAGAUUCUUGCCUCCAUACCCACCAUUUUAGCUGAGUUUGAAGCUGGUCUUCAGAGAUUGUAUGAGCAAGGGGCCAGGAAUUUUUGGAUCCACAACACAGGUCCUCUAGGAUGCUUGGCUCAGAAUAUUGCUAAAUUUGGAACUGACCCAUCAAAGCUUGAUGAAUUUGGAUGCCUCAUUUCACACAACCAAGCAGCUAAACUCUUCAAUACACAGCUUCAUGCUCUCUCUAAAAAACUACAGGCCCAAUUUGCAGAUGGCAACGUCAUAUAUGUCGAUAUCUACGCGAUCAAAUCGAAUCUCAUCACAAAUUAUUCUCAACUAGGUUUUGAACAACCUAUUAUGAUUUGCUGUGGCUAUGGAGGUCCACCACUCAACUACGACAGUCGAGUCGGGUGCGGGCAAACGAAGACGUUGAAUGGGACGGUGGUCACGGCAAAAGGGUGCGACAACAGUUCAAAGUAUAUCAAUUGGGAUGGAAUUCAUUACACCGAGGCUGCAAAUAAGUAUGUGUCGUCACAAAUACUCACCGGAAAAUAUUCUGAUCCACCCUUCUCAUCACACAACCUCAACCAGCUGGUUUAGACAUGGAAUCAAAUAAAUUCUCUCUUUUAUUUUAUGGCCUUUAUUUCUACAAUAUUGCAGGCACACAGUACCUAUGUGUAGCUAAAUAAAAGAUGUAUAAGUGUUUUAAGCAUAAGGGUGUUGAAUUAUUAUCCACCUAUUCUUGGGAGUACUGCUUAGAGUUAGGGGUGGGAGCCAGACCGAAAAGCGGAGAAAACCGAUGAAAACAACCGAACCUGAGUUGGUUCUGAAACAUAUUUGCCGGUCGGUUCAACUCAUUGAAGUAUAUAAUAGAGAAGGAAAAAAAAAUAUGAGUUGUUAUCG